CGCUGCGAUUCUGGUUAUAGAUCCAGCUUGAGGAAGAGGCACGUGAUGCUUGAGCAGCGCCAAUACGUCCUCGCGCGAGUGGGUGGUGAGCAUUUGGGUCAGCCGACCUGCCAUGUGAUGCUGAAUGUUUCGGACGAGAACAGGGUGUACAUGUUUGAUGUCCAGAACGGCCAAUGGAAGCUUGACCAUCAGCCUGUCCUGCUCGUCGUCGUUGGGACGAUGUCGCUUGCGGCUGUGUCCCGAUGACGCUAGCUGCGGCGGUGGCAGGAGCUGGGGCCUGUUGGUCUCGCCGACGCGUUGCGAAGGUCUCGCGGCUGGAUUAAUGGGGCAGUGGACUGCGAUGUGGCCGAAGUUCCCACAUUGUUCGCAGUGGUGCAGUGGAGAUUGGCACGGGUAUGGGAGAUGCCAGCGGUCGCAAUUUGCACAGACCAUAAAGUACUUCUGUGCUAUUCCUACAUUUCCACGACCAUCCGUCGUGCCCAACGGGCAGAAGUUGGUGUUGUGUCCCAAUUGAUGGCAGUGAUCGCAUCGACGCACCGGGAUCGCG